GGUAGGUUCGUGUGAAUCGGACGCUGUCCGUAUGUUUGGGACCUUCGGUUAUGGACAAAUGAAAGGGACAUCAUCUGGAAAGUCAGCCUUUGCUCGGCAGCGUUUAACACCGGCGAGCUUUUCCGAGCCACGUGCGCUAAUUGACAUGCUUUAAAACUCAUUACUGACGGAUUACUAUGCGUAGAUUGCGUUUCUCGACCGUGAUGGUGAACUGGAGACGUGUUGUGAGUUCACUGAUACAUUUCUGACAUUAUCGAUAUUUUAAACUCCACAGUAAAUUUCAGUCCCAAAGUUGACUUUUUUUUUCAAUCUUUCACCAAUCAUUCUGAAACAUGGCUUUACCUGACAAUGCUAUUAGCCUUCCUGUCGAUGAACUGGCCUUUCCGGAGAUCAUUGAGCUAAACGUUGGGGGUCAGGUGUAUAUCACCCGCUACUCGACUUUAACAAGUGUGCCGGACUCGCUCCUGUGGGAGAUGUUCAGCCAGAAGAGCACCAAGAACCUCCCUCGCGACACCAAGGGUCGUUUUUUCGUGGACCGAGACGGUUUCCUGUUCCGUUAUAUUCUGGAUUACAUGCGCGACCAGCAGCUCGUUCUUCCCGAUCACUUCCCGGAGCGAGGACGGCUGCAGCGGGAGGCCGAGUUCUUCAACCUCCCUGAGCUCGUUAAGCUCCUGGCGCCGAAGCUCAGUAAGCAGAACUCUCUGGGUGACGAGGGCUGCCAGAGCGACCCCGAGGAGCCCUCGCCCGGGGCCGACAUCGCCCGGAGCCUCGGGGCCGUCGCCUGCUCCAGCUUGGCGUCGGGCGACGGAAAGUGCUCCGGGUUCAUCACCAUCGGCUACCGGGGCUCUUACACCCUCGGCCGCGACAGCCAAUCAGACGCCAAGUUCCGGCGAGUGGCUCGGAUUAUGGUGUGUGGGAAGACUUCUCUCGCGAAGGAGGUUUUCGGGGAAACGCUGAACGAGAGCCGUGACCCCGAUCGCCCGCCUGAGCGCUACACGGCGCGCUAUUACCUAAAGUUUACUUUCUUGGAGCAGGCUUUUGACCGGUUGGCCGAUGCCGGCUUCCACAUGGUGGCUUGCAACUCCACCGGGACUUGCGCCUUCGCUCACGAGCAGACUGACGACAAAAUCUGGGCCAGCUACACCGAAUACGUAUUCUACCGUGAGUGAUCUUAAACCCUGCCUCCCAAGCCACAGAUCACCUAGAAGCUUCUAGAUCGCCGUCCGUCAGACUUCCCCACCUCCGAGCCCCUAAACCUCUUCCCGCUGCGCUCCAGUAACGAUCCCUCCCUCCAACGAGCCCUGUUGAUCUUCCCCUCACCGAGAGACUGCCUUCCCUUUCUCAGUUGAUGCGUUUUGUCCAGGUGGAGAUGAACUGCUAAACUAGGCUCGAGCCUUUCCAGAGGGCUUGUCUUAUGUCACUCAAAUCGUCUGACACAUUGCAGAGCUUUCGAGUUGUUCGUGAUGCGGAAUAGAGACGUAGUAGAUUAUGUAAUUUGGGUCAUUAUCAUAGGGAGUUAUAAAACCAUCUUUAUGGAUAGAUGCGGUCACUGUGAGACCAAGAGAUGAAACCGUGCAGACUGUUUGGAUUGGACAAGCUGUUUUACAUCGAUUAUAUUAAUGUGUCGAACUGUUUUUUUUUAUCUAGCAUUAAUGAAUAGUGUCAAAGCAGGUAGCCAUUAAUUGCACAGAACGGUAUAAUGCCACCUGAAAGUGCUGAGCUGUAUUAGCGGUGUUAUUAAGCUUUCUGUGUUUUACUCGUGUAAGGCUAGAUUUGAUAGGAGUCGAACGUUGUGGUCAGAACACUCAAGUUUUAUUUUUAGGUCUACCUGAGUUGCCAGUUCAGCUGAAAAUAGCUUAACUGAAUCUAGUUUAAAUCAUCUCAUGGGCUAAUAUUAUUUUUGGUUUCGGAGCUACAUGCUUCAUAUUUUAUAUUUAAAUUUAAAGAUACACGUAUUUAAAUGAAUUAUUCAAGUGCAUUCAGUAAUUAAUGUUUGCUUGGGCCUACUUAAGCCAUAGCCUGUAAAAACCACCAUAUAUUAUUUUUACAAUCAUGCAGGUAUCAGUUAAGUAGAUAUUUUCUUCUUCAUUAAAUGCAGUUAGACUAGAACUUUACAUUUCGGGUAUUUCGAUUGUAACCUCAGGCCAGAAUUGCCAUUAACUGAAACACAGGCGGAUUUUAUUUCUGAGAUGUCAUUUGAGAUCAAAUCAAUUACUGGUUGAUACGUAUUAUGUCGAUCAGAAAUGAACUUAAUCUCUUAAUCCUAAUUUCCUGAUAGUGUUUUAAAGGUUUUGUUGAGGCAUUGUUUAAAGUGAAGUGCAAGCCUCAAAGUGUCUUUAUGAAAGCAUGAAUAAAAAUAUAAUUAUUUAUC